AGCAGACUCCGUGACUGCGAAUACUCGUGUCGCCACAAGAACUUCUGCGGACUGUCACGCGGAGGGCUGGCGCGCCUCACUUGGGUAGCCCUGCCGACGGGCUCCCCUAGACCCCGGCACCGGCUCAGUUGCCAAAGAGAUGGAUGAAAGUACUGCCGAGUUUCUCAAGAGGACCAUCUUGAAAAUCCCACUGGCUAAAGUGAUGACCAUACUAAGUGCUUGGGGUUUUUUGUCUGAGAACCAGCUGCAGUCUAUAAACUUCCGGCAGAGAAAGGAAUCUUUUGUCCAGGAAUUGCUUCUGCUUUGUGAGGAAAAGCAUGCAAGUCUCAACGAUGUGGCCCUUUUAGACAUCAUCUAUACUCAGUUUCAUCAGCACCAGAAAGUUUGGGAUGUUUUUCAGAUGAGUAAAGGACCAGAUGAAGACAUUGAUCUUUUUGAUAUGGAACAAUUCAAAAGGUCGUUUAAGAGAGUCCUUCAGAGAACAUUAAAAAAUGUGACAGUCAACUUCAGAGAUGCUGAGGAGGGCGCAGUGUGGAUUCGAAUUGCCUGGGGAACACAAUAUAAAAAGCCAAACCAGUACAAGCCUACUUACAUGGUGUAUUAUUCCCAGACUCCUUAUGCCUUCACUUCUUCCUCCCAGCUGAAGAGCACUAUACCCCUUCUGGGCCAGGCAUUGACAGUUGCUAGCAAAUACCAUCAGAUUGUGAAAAUGGACCUCAGAAGCCGAUAUCUGGACUCUCUUAAGGCUAUUGUCUUUAAACAGUAUAAUCAGACGUUUGAAACUCACAGCUCUGCUACGCCUCAACAAGAAAGAAGCCUUGGACUAGAUAUGAAUAUGGAUUCAAGAAUCAUUCAUGAAAACAGAAUGGAAAAACAGAGAGUCCAAAGAGUGACCGAAGAAACGUUUGGAAACUAUCUUCAACCCAGACUGGAAUUUGCACAAUAUAAGCUUGAAACAAAAUUCAAAAGUGACUUAAAUGGAGGCAUCUUGGCUGAGAGAGAGGAGCCCCUCCGGUGCCUAAUAAAGUUCUCCAGCCCACAUCUUCUGGAAGCAUUAAAAUCCUUAGCACCAGCUGGUAUUGCAGAUGCACCACUUUCUCCACUGCUCACCUGCAUACCCAACAAGGGCAUGAAUUAUUUUAAAAUUAGAGAUAAAUAAGGUGUGUGUAGUAUUGUAAGCACAGUAACUCUUUGGCUUUAUUGUGCACACAUUUCAGUUAAAACUAACUGGAUAACUUCUGUCUAUAAACUUGUGUUAUAAAAUUAACCCUUAAUUUUAACAAUUAAACAUUCACAUGGUUGUUGGGACUUGUUCUUUCCUACCCCAUUCUCUCCUGUAUCCUGCAAAGCAUAAAAGUGCGGGCCUUUAAGAUGUACAAGGACAUAUAGAUGGCUCCAGACUUGACCCUGAAUGUCUGAAUGCUCUGGAGCAUAUGAUACACUGGUUUAUAUACCUGGUAUCCUUCCCUUUUCUGUCUCUUCCCCAAUCCUGGGAAGAUCUGCUUCCAAUUUUUGGUUUCCAAGGAUCUCCUCAUAAACCUUGGAUUACAAAAAGUACCACAAAACUGAGGAUCCUUUAAUUGGUCCAGUUCAGAGGGUAAGCUUGUAUCCACUAAAUUUUGAUUGCUGGAGUAACAUAUUAGAUGACUCAGUUAUACGAAAUACUUGUUUUGGUGUAAAUAUACUUUUCAUGCUCUGUUUUAUCAUGUAUGUGGCAUUCAAACUCACCGAUAUUAUAUAUGGACUUCUGAA